UAAACGGAGGAGAGAUUAUUAAUAAAAUCUUAUUAAGAAGAAGAAAAGCACCCAAAUGAUUAGCACCGAUGUGACUUCCUUCGCAGUUCUUCCUUCUCCUUCCGUCGUCUCUGCUUCUCGCCGUAUUCGCUCCCAACUCCGGCCCUCAAUCCCUGUUGACGGCGUGGCAUACCCUCCCCUCUCUUCUCAAUUGUGCUGUCAAUUUGGAUGUGCGCCUGUUUUUUGCCAGUGAUCUGAUUGUCGAACAAAAUUGGGGAUUUCUGGCGCCGCCGACCGACCAUCGUCGAUUCUUAGGUGCCGGGAAUCACUUGCGUUUCCCGAUCAUCGAACGGAUAUUGGUCUGGGCUGGGUUGAUUCGUGGAAUGGUCGGUCUGAUUUCUGCGGCGGAUUCUCGAUAAGGCUCCGAGUUCCGAUUCAUCGCGUUUUAGUUCCGAUCCAAUGGUCUAUUUCGAUCGCUCUGUUUCGGUUGAGCAGCACGUCGGCAUGACCAAAUCGGUGAAUUCGACGAAUUCUUGCCUGAAGCUGAAGCGAAUCAAUCAGAACAGGCGGACUUCUUUUAGUCUUCCCAAUCACUUAAACAUCCCGGCUUGCGAGCAAUCGCGCUAUGCUAUAAUUGACGUUGUGAUCUUAAUUGCCGUAAUCGGUGCUUGUGGAUUUUUGUUCUAUCCUUACGCUCGUAUUCUAGGGCACAAAACUAUUGAAUUGGGGGUGGAAGUUUUGAACGCCGUUGGUGAAGAACUUGUCCGUGCCCCUAUGGUGUUUGCAUGCUUAGGGCUUGCAAUUAUCUUCGCAUCAAUGGCGCUCGUAGCAAUAUUAGUCUGGGCAGACAGGAAAUGCGGGAGACCGGACUGUCAGGGCCUCCGCGCCGCCGCUGAAUUCGACAUUCAAUUGGAGACUGAGGAGACUGUGAAGAAAUCAAACAGCCUAACUAAAACUGUGUUGAAGAAGGGACUGUUCGAAUUGCCGCUUGAUCACAACAAGGAAUUGGAAGCAGAGCUGAAGCAGAUGGCGCCGCCUAAUGGAAGAGCAAUUCUGAUUUUCCGGGCGAGGUGCGGCUGCCCUGUUGGGAGGUUGGAGGUUCCAGGUCAUCGGAAACCUCGAAAGGUUAAAAAUGUGGUGCUUUUGCCGAAUAAUUUAUUUAUUUGCACCCGGAAAAGAUGGACUUCUUGUUUUGAGUUCCAAAAUGUUGCUCAAAGAUUGGUGUCCAGUUUUGAUGAAUGUUAUGCAAUUGCAGAGUGAACAAGUGCAUAGAAAUGUAUGUGGGAGUGAGAGUAGGAAUGAUUUAGAUGCAUUUGGAACAUUUUGAGCUAGUCUUGGAUGGAUGGAUGGAUGGAUCUCAUCUUGUAAUUUAAUUGCAUUACAAAGACAGACAGACAGACAACCAAGUUGAAUGACAAGGACACAGAAAAUCUUACAUGAUUCAUGCCCAGAAAAUCUUUUAUUUUAGUAUAAAUAUACCAAAUAUUUCAUAUUUAUUUCAAAAUAUUAUCUUGGUCCAAA